AUGCAAGUUCCGUCUACCGCGGCCCCACCGCAAGGCUCCGAUCCCUCCAAAUCGAAAAUUGCGAAACCGGAUCCUGUCAAUAAUAAUAAUCCAAGUACUUCUACGCCUUCUACCAUCGGCACCAUGAGCAAUCCGCUCAACCCGGCUAAUGUCGCCACGAGCGCCGCCGCUCGGCCUCAGCCUCAACCCGACACUAAGGGGAACAUCGCUCCGGUCGUGGUCGACAAUGGGGCUUCCAGCGCCGAGAUCUCGGAGUCCGAAAUGCAGCUUGUAUCUUCUUUGGCGAAACUCCAGAAAUUGGAGGCCAUGGUUCACCAACUCCGGACUCUGCUUCCGGAACGCCUACUGGAUCCCUUGACGCCAAAUCCGAAUCCCAAGGCUCAGUCGGCGCCAAAGUCGCCAGGGGCUCUGCUUCAGCAGCUUUCUCAAUGCUUUCAGGAUGGCGCUGCCGAAGUCCAGGCGUUCCAGAAUAUGUGGCGCGGCCCUGAGAUGAAAGCCGUCUGGGAGCAUGUCGAUGCGCAGAUCAAGGAGAAUGGCGGCAUCUUGCUGCAGCCUACCGGGGUAUGGGAGCAGGAUUACGACACGAUCCUUGAGGAGCUGCUGAAGGAGCAAGAGAAGAAGAACGAGCAGCAGCGCAAAGCUGCCGAGGAGCAGGAGCGGUCGAAUAUCCGAUCGGCCGAGGGCGGGUGGAGAGCGGUCGUGGACGGCUUCGCUCAGAGGAAUGUGCCCGGUGUGCGUUUGGUUCCUAGUAAAAGCGAAGAUUCUGUUAUCGUUGCUCUUGGAAAAGCGGGGAUGGUCUUCGAUGUCCACACUGUUGGCGGAACGGAAGGGAACGGAGUGCCUGAAUGGCAAGUCACGAGUAAGGCGGCUCCAGGACAACCCCAGACGAAGUUGGAGAAGUUGAUUACCGACUGUUUGAAUGCACGACCUCGGCAAUGGGAUCUUGCCCAUCUACUUGUAAGUUUACGUCGCCGACUUUUGAAAUGUUCAGACACUUACCACUACUAG